AAAGGUUACAUCAUUUAUGUAGGAACUAUUGAUUUUCAGUUCAAAGGUUAGCUUUCUUCGUUUCUAAAUAUAGUAGAUGGAUUUAUUUUUAUUCCUAAAUUAGAUCUAGGGUUUUUUGAGUUAGGGUUUUGUCGUCUUUAAUUUGUCCAAAUUAAUUUAUUUUAUUUCCAUUUAGAUGCUCAAUAUGUUAUAAUAUAACCCUUGACAAUUAUAAUUGUUCGAUUUUACUAGGGUUUUGACUAGGGUUAUGAAUUAGGGAUUUUUGUUGUCUUUAAUUUAUCUUUAAAAUUGAUCUGUUAUAUUUUGUUUAUGUGUUUCAAUCUGUAACAAUAUGAACUGUGAGGUUCAAUAUGUGAUAAAUGACCUGGGGAUCCCAAAUAACCUGUGAUACUUCUAAUUGUUGCAUAAACUUAAUAUGUAAAUAACCUGUGAGGUUCAAUAUGUAAUUUUUUUGAUUUUUGUGUACUAUUACAUUUCUAUCUUUAUUGUGUUUUUGUGGUCAACGAUUUCAGGUUUAUAAAAUGAGUUUUGAACUGAUUACUUUGAGAUUUUACCAUGUGGAGAACUUAAUAUGGGUAAGGUGAAGGGAAAAAAAGAAAAAAGAUAUGAGGGUGGACAAGUUACUGAAUUUUUAGAUGUUGAUGUAGAUAGGCUGUAUUUAUUUGAAUUUAGGGAUUAUGUAAAGUAUUUAGGGUAUAUUCCCAAACAAUGCUUACUAUAUGUUAAAUUGUCUAAUUGUUCUAAUUUAAAAGAAAUUAGGUCAGACAAGGACAAUUGAGAUUUCAAAGAAAUUGGGUAAUUAGCAAGUUUUGGAAGUUUUGGAAGCAGUGGUUGUUUUUCACCACAAAAAACUGAAUCCAAUAAACUACAUCUCUCACUGUUACAAUAGAGAAACUUACAUGAACACAUACAAUUUCUUCUUUCAAUCAGUUUUGACUAUGAAGAUGUGACCACAAUCACAGAAUAUCUCUGUUAUGCCACCUCUUGUUAGGUAGAUGCCAGGUAGGCCUGGAAAGAAUAGGAAGAAAGAAAAAGAUGAAAUCAAAAAGAAAACUGGAAAGUUAUCCAAAAGGGGGAUUGAGAUUUCAUGUGUCACUUGUCAUAGCAAGGGUCACAACAAAAGAAGAUGUCCAACAGGUGCACCUGCUGCUGGCACUAAUGCAAAUCCUGGCCCAAGUUCAUCUGCUGGUGCAGACCCAAGUGCAGUCCCAAGUCCAGCACCUACUGUUGGAAAAUGAAGAGGUUCAACUGGAAGAGAAAGGGGUAGACCACCAAAGAAUUCUACAGAAAAGUGUGCUGGCAGACCAAGAGUGGUUGGAAUGGGAUUACUUCACACACAAAGUGGAUGCACAAUUCUUAAUCCGGGAAUGUCAAGUGAGAGAUUCAAAACUACCAAGUCUUCAGUAUUUGUGACUAAAAAUCUCGGAUACACCAAAAAUCGGUGUAAAAUGAAAAAGCAAUAAAGUUAUGACCUCCAGGCAACUACAAGAAAUGAGAGGCAAAAAACAAAUGCAAACAAGGUCCGUGAUUGCACACUUGAGUCAAGAAAGCUCCAAUGUUCAAUCUCUAUGAGAAGUUGGUGUAGACUACAUUUAAGACUACAUUUACUGAUGUGAUUGCAUUUCCUUGUAUAAAGUUUGACUAUUAUGACUGCAUUUAAGACUAUGUUUUUGAUAAUUCACUGAUGUUGGCAGCUAGGACUGCAUUUAAGACUAUUUUUUGGUAGUUCACCGAUGUUGGUUGCUGUGACUGCUUUUUGUAACUGUAAUUAGUUCACUGAUAUUGGUGGCAGCUUUGACUGCAUUUUGUAACUAUAAUUAGUUUAAUAGUACUGAUCUUUUUUUAAAUGUAUUUGACAACAAUAUGUA